CUGUCUGCUGAGAACGAUGAAUUCUAUGCUAAUAACAUGUACUUGAAUUUUGGAGAAAUCGGGACCAACAUUAAAAAUCUUAUGGAAGAUUUUCAAAAGAAGAAGCCUAAAGAGCAGCAGAAACUGGAAUCCAUUUCAGACAUGAAGGCAUUUGUAGAAAAUUACCCGCAGUUCAAGAAGAUGUCCGGAGCGGUGUCCAAGCACGUGACGGUGGUGGGGGAGCUGUCACGGCUGGUCAGUGAGCGCCAUCUAAUGGAGGUCUCUGAGGUGGAGCAAGAACUGUCCUGUCAGAAUGACCACUCCAAUGCCCUGCAGAAUGUUAAACGUCUCCUACAGAACCAACGCCUGGCAGAGUUGGACGCCGUCCGUCUGGUGAUGCUCUACGCUUUGCAUUAUGAGCGACACAGCAACAACGCCCUGCAGAGUUUGCUGGCUGACCUCCGUAGCCGCGGCGUGUCUGAGAAGUACCGAAGGCUGGUGUCUGCAGUGUUGGAAUUCGGCGGGAAGCGGGUCAGAGACAGCGACCUCUUUAGCCCGAAAGAUGCAGUGGCCAUUACCAAACAGUUCUUCAAGGGACUCAAGGGGGUGGAGAACGUGUACACCCAACACCAGCCGCUCCUCCUGGAAACCCUGGACAAGCUGAUUAAAGGGAAGCUGAGAGACAACACGUACCCCUACGUGGGGCCCAACACACUGAGGGACCGGCCUCAGGAUAUUAUUGUGUUCAUUGUGGGCGGAGCUACCUACGAAGAGGCUUUAACUGUCUACAACCUGAAUCGGACGACUCCAGGUGUACGCAUCAUCCUGGGUGGGACCGCCAUUCAUAACACAAAGAGUUUUCUGGAAGAAGUCCAAACAGCCGGUUUUCACAGCCGCCAUACAUAA